AUGUAUGUAAACAUUAUCACUAGAAAUCUGAGUUGCGAGCAGUUUAGGAGGAUUUCUGUUGAAUCCCUGCUGAAUAAAGAAGAGUCAAUGACAACUCUAUUGGUAGCUCCAAUGAACUCAGGAUCAACUAGUAAGAAUAUGGGGCCUAUUUUUUUAAAAACAGACUCAUACAAAAGGAGACAAAAGGUACCAAUUACGAAAACCUGUAACCAAUGUAAUGAAAUAAAGACCUCAUCUCAGUGGAGGGAGGGACCAACUGGCGGAUCAUGUCUAUGUAAUGCAUGUGGACUUUUCUAUAGAAAAUUGUUUUUGGCCUUUGGAAAACAUGCUGCUAAACGGUACUUGGAGGAAAUCAAAAACACCGGAGCCAAGAGACGAAUUCCAAGGUCACUUUACGGUGUGCAAAGGAGCUCAUAG